GACAAUGGCGAGGGGCGGAGGAUCGUAGGGCAUGGCAGGGCUAUUUCAACACGACCAUCGACUUCAAAAGGAAUGUCGAUCGUCUACAGCUUAUCAAACCAACAUGGCAGAGCAUACCGACGUGAUUAUAAUGUAGCGAGUGUUGGUUUAAGCGUCAAGGCGCGUCUGGAACGUUAGCGAAGUUGAAGAGCGCUCUGUUUCCCAGGAUUGAAAAUUUUACUCUGUAUAAAGGCCACAGCCGCUUGACUACCUGCAGAUGACCGAUGAUGUGCCUACAGGUCAGCAUAGGAGAAACGAACGGUCAAUAUACAUUUAUAAGAAGUCAAAGCGGUCACGCGAAGUGUUAGCAUAAGAUCGCCCAAUGCCCCCCAGAGUCUAAAUAAAGUUGUAUUCGUAGCGAAGGGGAGAUUAGAUAGGUAAACAUACGCUCUGUGAAGAUAGGGCUAUAAAUAACGUAUUAUGCCGACGCUAAGUGUGGGCAGGGUUUAAGAGGCCAUGGCUCUCAAGAAAAAUCAUAAGCUUGAAUUCAAUUGAUACAAAACUUAUCGUUAGUAGGAGUUUAGGAGUAAGUUAAAACGAACAUGCAUCCACCGAUUUUAGUCCCAAGUUUACUAGCUCGUAGAAAAUCUUACAGUGGUACCUCCAACGUCACCACGGCUGAUGACGUAUGCGAUGACGUGGACAAGAAGUUACGUCACUUCCAGGAGAAGUACGAACUACAAAAAGCGAGAAUAAAUAAAAGAACUAAAAUCGUGAAAAAGUACGAGUUGUCAGAAGAUCUCUACUUAACGGACCAUACGGUGGCGGAAGACGAUCCAAGGAUUGUCAGGUCGUUCAAGGCCAUGACCAGGGUCCGUAGGAGGUCGGGGUUCGACGCCACCCUAGUGCGGGACAAAGUAUGGGCCGCAAAAAUGACAAAGGAUUUGUCUAACGGGUUUCUUAAAAUGGAUAGGAUAGAGAUUGAUAGGAACAGACUUGAAAGUUGCAGUUCACGGCUUAUUGAUGCGGAAAGAGCUACGCUGAAUAAAAGGCUCACUCGUGCCAAGACAACUUUACAAAUCCCACAAAGAACAAGGUCAACCAGCGAUUCUGGUAUUUCUAGUAUUGAGAGCGCAAACCAAGAACUAGAAAAGAGUCUGGUCCGAAUGAGUCGGUACGUCAGCGAUCUAGAGGCAAGAGGGGGCUUCGUAUUGCCGCUAACUGGAGAGGAAAUUAAAACACAGCCUGAUCCAGCAUACUGCGAAGUUAGUAUCGCAGACAUUGAGAAAAAUCGCUUGAACGAGGAGGAAGACUUAGGUUUGAACAUGUUCCCGAAAAUUGAAGGUGGAGAUAGCGCAAGAAGGAGAUUCCCACGUCGAUGGUCAGUGAUCGCAUAUUCGCCUAACAACAGCGGCUUCAACUUGAAAUUACCGCCUAUUUCGGCCACCUACGAGGACCGAGACGCCACGUCGAUUCGGACGCUGAAAAGAGCGUUUUUCUCGGCUCCUACCGAUCUGAACAAGCUAAAAUGAGACAUAAAAUAUCAUUAUCGCAUCGGGUGAACUGGGUUCGAGCACCUGAGCAAAUACAACAAGUUUUUUCAGCAUUCUCGCUUGUUUCGAUAAGCAACAGAGGAAACUAGGAACACAGUUUUCAACUCGAACAAGAAAUCGAGGCAAAAGUAAUACUGAUGUAUACGAAUAACACAAUGACCGCUGGACAAUAAGAGGCGGUAUGUAUGUGGUAUAUUGUUCAGUUUCGUCCACUUCUUUGACUUCUGACAAUAAAAUAGUAAAACGA